GUGUGCAAAUUAGUUUAAUUUAACUGCCAGUUAUGGUUUAUGACAUUUACUAUUAAUUAACUAUAACUAUGUACAACCAUUGAUUCUAAGUUUUUGUUUCACCCUUGUGACCUGCGCCCCUACUAUGAUGCCUGUUUUUUGAACGGAUUAUCAUCAAAGUGCCCAAAGGUAAACAGUAUGUUUUUUUAUGAGGGUUCGUUAAUAUUUAACUCAUUGUUACUUUUAUAAAAAAGCAUGGCCAAAGGCAUUCACUGGUGCAAAUGUGUCACUAAACCAGGAAGCUAAACUAUUUAUUCAACCGUCACUUCUCAUCACUUUCAAAUUCUUAAAAUCCAUUUAACCUUCAAACAGUCAUGUUUUUAUUCAUGUUGUUGUAAGGUCAAAAUGGCUGCACAGCACUCCAUUGCACCUGCUUGGUGAGCUCUAUUGUCAUACAAAUGAAUAGAGCUGUAAGCAGAGUGCAGAGGGUGGAGUCCCAGAUCUGGAUCACUGUGGUUCUACCUGUUGUACCUGCUCUUUCUCUCUGCCCCCCUUCUUUCUCUCCUGCAGGUAUCAGCUGAUGAGGGCUCGGCCGGCCACAGCUCCCUGCCUUUACCUGCCCGUACACUUUCCUGCCCUGAAUCCACGCAUAAGGAAGCGAGGAGCGGCGCUGGUGGUAGAUGCAGCUCAACCUGUUUUUACUACUACAUUUUCACCUUCUCUCUCUCUCCGUCCAGACCGCAGGGGGACAGAGGGGGCAUUUGGAGGAGCCACCUGUGCUAUUUUUAGUUUGGGAUAACAACUCAAAAGUGGACACAUUCUUCGAUCUUCUUCUAGGAAUACAGCAUGAGUUCAGAUGAGUCUUACAACUUUGUCUUCAAAGUGGUGUUGAUAGGAGAGUCAGGUGUGGGCAAAAGCAACCUCCUGUCUCGCUUCACCAAGAAUGAAUUCAAUCACGACAGCCGCACAACCAUCGGAGUGGAAUUCAGCACACGCACUGUUCAACUGGACAACUUCACCAUCAAGGCACAGAUAUGGGACACAGCAGGCCUAGAGCGGUACCGUGCCAUCACUUCCGCGUAUUACCGAGGAGCAGUGGGUGCCCUUUUAGUCUAUGAUAUAAGCAAGCAUUUGACCUAUGAAAGUGCAGAGAGAUGGCUGAAGGAGCUGUACGACCACGCAGACCCACACAUUGUGGUGAUGUUGGUGGGGAACAAGAGAGAUUUGGAAACACUCAGAACCGUCCCGACUGAAGAGGCACGGGACUUUGCAGAGAAAAAAGGCCUCAUGUUUAUGGAGACCUCAGCGCUGGACUCCACAAAUGUUGAAGAUGCAUUUCAUGAAGUUCUUACAGCCAUCCAUAAGAAGGUAGCCAGCAGAGAAGUGACCCGUGGUUCCAUCAGUGCAGUAACCCUCUCCAAUCCGAUUGGAUCAUCAAACCAAGGUCAAGAGGAGAGGAAGCCAUGCUGCAAGAGCUCCUGACGGACUGAACAACGGCCAAAUGUAUCAUAGUGAUGCUUGAGAUUCACCAGUUCAAUGUGUCUUCACCUGUAAAGUAUCAAACGUGACAGUAUGCUUUGUGUAAGGGAGAUGACGAGAGGCCAGAUGGAGAACAUGCAUUUGAAAGUACAUUAGAAUAGUAGUGGGCACAGUUAGUCAGAUAUUGAUUUAUAUGGUUUUAUAUUUUUAAGAACAAUUUGUGGAUUUAUAAAAGCAUGCACUGGGAUUUACUUGCAAUAAAUUAUUUAUAAUAUGUUUUAGUACUUGAUUCAUUGUAAAGAUGCAGCUAUUUGUCUUUGUAAAAUGGUGCAGCCACAACAAAUUGGUGUGGUGUAAAGUUGAAAACACACUGUUUUCAUUUUGUAUUUGAGAACUAAACCAAAAAUGUGUCAAAUUGGAUUGACAUACAUGUCAUAAUCAGCUUUAACUUGUUGUUUUUAAGGAGUUUUCAUUAAAAUAAUAUAGUGACUAUA